UGGUGUGGACGAGCGACCUAACGAAUAUCUACUUAUACUUUUGUCUAAACCAUUUUACACAUUCGUCUGGUCAUGAUGUGAACUUUAGAGUGUGCAUGAGAUGCAUUCAUAAGUUAUUAGCUUAUUGAAACGACAUAGGCUCUUUUUCAUGCCCGCAAGUAGACAGAUUAUGAUUCAUUUCAUGUAGGGUGUGUUUUGGACUGUGGAGUCGUUACGGGAUAUUGCACAUCAUUCACUUCCUUUCCUUCUCCAUUUCUAUCUUGUGCUAAAGAGUGUGCAGUUGAUGUUCGACUUGACUUCGAAUUUGAACAUCAGAAUCGUUUCGUUUUAUUUUACAACGUGUGUUUCAAAGAGAAGGUGAUGGCAACAACUCAAGAUGGCUCCGAUAGCACGGACAGUUGGCUAAUUGCACGAUCAGCGCACAUGCAGGCGUUGCUGACGCCGCCGCUGACUCCAGAGGGGAGAGACUGCCUCCUGGGCCGCGAGUGCCCUGCAAGUGUGCUCAGUAGAGAUCAGCACACCCCCCUGACAGCUGCCCUUUGCCCUGAAGCAAGCCAGCUCACAGAACAGGACAAGAGCAGACAAGGCUUAGAUGAAGUCAUCACCAGUGUGCUGACUUCUGAAGACACACUGUUGGAAAAGAGGGUGGUGGUGUUGGUGGGACCGGCAGGGGCAGGGAAGAGUAUGUGUCUAGAGAAGUUGGCACAGGAUUGGUCAAAGGCCCAGGUGCUAAAGGGCUAUGACAUGCUCCUACGCGUGUGUGUCAGUGAGUGUGUGACCACGUGGGUGAGUAAUGCGAGGGAGUCCGGGUCUGUGGGAGAAUUGGAGGAGAUGAAGCGAAACUGUUUGUCUCUGGAGAAUCUUCUCCUCUUGGCUCACCCUCACCUCUCCUCCGCGACCAUUUCUUACAUUCUGGGGGAACGGUCCUCCUCCUCAGCCGCCCAGCCCCGGCUCCUCCUGCUCCUGGACGGGCUGGAACAAACCCCUCACCUCCCCGACAUCUCCAAGCUGCUCUCCCCUCCCUCUGAGCUCACUCUGUGUUCUGACCCCAGGCAACCGGUGCCCAUCUCCCACCUGCUCUGCAGUCUGGCGCAGGGAACACUGCUGCCCGCUGCCUCCCUCCUCAUAGCGUCCAGACAGGUGCCAGACCCGGACGCUCUGCCCCCUGGUGGCAAGUGUGUGGUGGUGCUGGGCUUCUCCCCGUCUCAGAGGAGCCGGUUCUUCCAGCGCGUCCUCCCCGACGACGACGGGCGCCUGGCAUCUGAGUUGACCCAGGUCUGUGAGCGCGGGUUUGGGGUGUAUGAGCUCAGCAGCCGGCCCUUCUUCUGCUGGACGCUGGCCUCCGUGGCUUGUGCCUUGCAGCGAGCUGGAGGUGCUCCUCCCGAGACGCUCACGCAUCUGUUGGCCCACGCCGCAGCCCUCCGCCUGAGGCCCAUUACCACCAGCGCCAGCCCGGCAGUGGCGGGUCAAGCCCAGGAGGCGCCCCUCGUCCGCACUCUCCUGCGCGGGUUAGCCCAGCUCGCGCGGGUCUGCUCCAUGGACGAUUGUCGAGACUUUUGCUCCCGAGAGGAGCUGGCGUCGUGCGGUCUGGAGCACUUCCUCUCCUCCCCGCUGUUGAGUACCUUUCUGCGAGAGGGCUUCAACGCCCACGGAGACCGCACGUUCGUCUUUCUGUGUCCCGUGAUGCAGCAGUUCCUCACGGCCGUCAGCUUCUUCCUGGAGGGCUGCGGGUGGGACGGCGGAGCGGAGGAGAUGAUGACCGAUCUGAAGGAGGCCUUUGUGGAGCUGGCGGAGGCCUUUGUGGCCGGUCUGUCGGAGGCGUCCCAGCGGGCGCCGCUGGAGGGACUGCUUGAGGCCGGCUACGCUGGCGGUCAGGCAGCAGAGGUCCAGCGCUGGCUGGAGACCCACGCGCGGGAGACCCUGGAAGGCUACUACAAAGAGCGCCACCUGCGCUGCUUCCAUCUGCUGAGGGAGACGCAGAACCGAGCGCUCGUGAAGCGGAGCAUAAGCAGCCCAGGCGCCAGACUGGGGAUCAGCUACGGUGGCAUGGAAAGGGCAGACUGCGCUGCACUGAGCUAUGUGCUGAGCUGCGCUGAGGAGGUUCAGCAGCUGAACCUUUACAGCAGCAGGGGCCUGACCACUGAUCAUACGUCACUGCUGCUUCCAGCCUUUAAGCUGGCUCACAGCAUCAUACUGUCUCAGAGUGUCCUGACUCCAGACUCCUUGGCCCAUCUGGCGGAGGGCCUGAGAGAGGGAGUCACCACCCGGCUUGACCUCUCCUACUCCAGCCUGGGAGACGAGGGCGUCCAGGUGCUGUGUCCCGCGCUCACCCACUCCUCACUGCGCACGCUCAGUGUCCCUGUGUGUAAACUCACCGCUGCGGUUUGCAAGGACCUGUCUGUGGCUCUUGCAGCCUGUGAGCUGCGUGCUCUGGACCUGCGCGGCAACAAGCUCACCGACGAGGGACUCACGCUGCUUAGCAACGCACUCAAGAGCCAGCAGUGUAAAUUGCAAGAGCUCAGUCUCCACAGCUGUGAUCUUACCGCAGGCUCCAUGAACACACUCUCCGAGGCCUUGAGCUGUGGUCACUGUCCUUUAACAUCCCUUGAUCUGACCAGAAAUGACCUGUGUGACCCUGGAGUGAACGCUCUCUCACGUGGCCUCAGCAACCCCGGCAGCAAAAUACACACACUCAAGCUGACUGAAUGUGGGCUGACUGGCUCAUGUUGUGCAGCUCUGGCUGCUGCUGUGCGAUCAGGAGGCUCACUGACAGAGCUGGACCUGUCCUGUAAUGACCUUGGCCAGGAGGGGGCGUUGCUGCUUUGCGAGAGCCUCAAGGGGCCGGAAUGUUCUCUCAUCAAUCUCAGUAUGACACGGUGUGAGCUGACCCUGCCAGUGUUCAGUGCCCUGGAGGAAGUGCUGUGUGGUGGCUCUAAGCUGAAGGCUCUGGCUCUGGGUUUGAACAAAGUGGGAGACCGAGGAGCCAGACACCUGUGGAAUGCCCUGAAACACGGCCACUGCAACGUACAGGAUCUGGACUUGGAGAUGAUUGACCUGACAGAUGAAUGUGUGGUGGAUCUGUGUGAAGCAGUGAGGGCGCAUGGCUCUCUGAAGACUCUCAUCCUGAAGAACAACUCUUUGACUGACAGCUCCAUCCCCAGCCUUGUCCAGCUGGUAAAGAGCUGCCCUGGCCUCAAGGAGUUCAAUUUGCAGUAUAAUGACCUGAGUGAAGAUGUGUUUGAGCUGAUGGAGAGCUGUUCCAGGAUCAGAUACUGAGCCCUCAUGAUCAGCACACAGCUACUCAAAGCCCUUUUUCAUUACAGUUCAGAUGUCAGUGCUUGUUUACAGAGUGUGCCCCAAAGGAAAUGUACAGGAUUCUGUUCUUCUGCUUUUCACUAUUUGGCAUUUCAUGUAUUGUAUUAUAUAGGAUAGCAUUGGUACUUUAUGUAGGGGAACUGUUUUUCAGUAAGUAGAACAUGUCAGGUCUUCUUUGGCGUGACAAUACAGACAGUAUUACAAUAAGACACAUUGACCAUUAAACCAGUCAUAUCACAGUAUUAGUAUUGCCAGGAAAAAAUAGUUUUGUGUAGUUUUCAUAUAUGGGUUUCAGCAGUUCCUUCAGAGUUUUUGAAUUUUAAUUCAUUUUAGUUUUAUUUAGUCUUUAAAAAUUGCUUUUGACAUUUACAUUUAUUCAUUUAGCAGACGCUUAACCAAAGCGAAAGCGACUUACAUUUGCAGGGUUCCCACAGGUCAUGGAAUUUCUGGAAUAUCAUGGAAUUUUGGAAAGUCAGGGAAUUUUAUCGUUUUUAGGUGCAAAGUCAUAGCCUGGCUAGCAGCGUGAAUAAAAUCACGUGCGUAAGGCAGCAUGGGAAAACCCAGGCUAGCAAAGUCAUGGAAUAUCAGGGAAUUUUCAAUUCAGAAUUGGUGUAUAUCUGGUUAUUAGCUUUACUGCUUGCUUGAGUAGUUGUGGUUAGUCCAACUUUGUUCAUUCAAAACCCAUUUAUUCAUCUCCCGCUCUAAAAAAAGUAAAAGAUUCUUGAACGCUACGGGACUGUUCUGAAAUCUUGUAUCCUUCAUUAUAAAGUAGGUCAUGGAAAUUCAGUUUUUUUGUCAGGGAAAAGUCAUGGGAUUUUACAUUUCACUUAGAGUGGGAACCCUGCAUUUGACAAUUAUAUUACAAGGGUCACUGUUCCUUGAGAAUCUUGGGAUUAAGUGCCUUGCUUAAGAGUACAAUGGUGGAAGACAGGUGUUGAACACCACAACAUUUUCAGGCUACUGCAUGCUAGCCCAGCUCCUUACCCACUACUCUACCACUACCCAGCCAGUUUAAGCAUUUAGAUUAUUUUUGGUAAAACCUUUAUAAGAUCCUAGGUGCAACAUACAGCGCGUUUGCAACUGCCACCAGCCAACUGUGCCUUGUUAUUGUGUCCUGUAUCAUGUUGUGUAAUGUUAAAUAGUUAAAUAAUGUUAAUGUUGAUUUACAUUAUUUUUUACUGCUGGUUUUACUUUGUUUAUGUUAACUGAAGCAUCCCUGGUACCUUCAGAUCCAUGGUAGCAAAGUAUCUUCAUAAGUCAGUCAUUCAUAUUUGAGUUAUUAAAACAGCAGAGUGUAACAGCAUAUUUUUCACCACAAUAAAACAUUACACUUCA